UACACGAGUUUAAAAGUAGCAAAAUGCAUUUCGUGUUAUAUUUUGCUUCGGUUCUCGUUAUAUUCCCAUUCGUCCAGGCCAAUCUGGAUUACACAACGUGCGAUUCUCCUAAAGGGAAAGUAGAAAACGUGUAUGAAGAGAGCUGUCGCGAGGCGAAUUUAAAUCGACAUUGUCCGAGUGUUUCGGCAGACACCAUAUAUUUUUACGUAAAGUUCACUUCUUUCGAAGAUAUUCCAUCGCCUUAUGUAUUGUCUCGAAUUACCGAUAUUUACACAAACAGAUCAGAAACGUUCUAUCUACCUAAAACAGAUCUUUGCACCGGUUUUAAUAUAAAAUGUUCAUUAAAAGCUGGGAUCUAUAAUAAAUUGCACACAUUUUUCGAUUUACCGGAUUCCAAGCCCGACAUAAUAAAAACAGAGAUAUAUCUGGAGAUGAAAGACGGGAGAGAUGACCAAUCCAUUGUUUGCCUUUCACUCGAAAAGCACAUGAAAAAGUUGAAUUUCAUUUUCCACUCGGCAAUGACACGUCGUAUGAUCUAAGAAUUUCUGUAAUUUUUUAAUAUUAGAAAAGUUUCUCCUACGAGAAAAUAUAAAGUAUUAGUAAUUUUAUUAGUAUUUUACAGAGUAAUAAUACACUUUAUUCGGUUAUUACUAGGUAUUUAAUUUCUACUUUAAUCCGUUAUUGUAUUGUAAGUUUUAAAAAUGCUAGAACUAAAGUAGAAACCCGCAGUAUGAAGGUGUGUCGAAAACAUCAUAAUAAAUUGUUUAUUGUUUAUUAAGUACUGUCUAAAUAUCUACUCGUUUUCCUUUCCUUCCUUUCAUUUCCCUUAUAAAUUUAUUCUAUUGACAAAUAUAACUAAAAAUUAAAUGUAUAGAAUCUUAAAAUCGACGAUAUAAUGUACAUUUAAACGAAUAGAACCGCAUUAUAUUUAUUACGUAUAUCUUCCUGUCCUAUAGGAAGUUUACAAUGAAAGCAAUUCUUGCUUAAACGUACAUUAUUUCUCAACUUUAAACUUACUUUUUAACGCCGUAGUUUAAAAAUGC